AUGUUGACUCCUCCCACCCCCACCUGCCCUCCGCCCACCGCCGCCGUCGCAGCCACCGGAGCCGGCGAGCCAUCGAUCUCCGCAACGCAGGCCAGACUCCCCGCUUCGGCCCCCGCAGUACCCUCCCGUGUCCACCUGCGCCACCUCCCCGCGCAGCCUGCGCUGUCCUCCGGGAACCGCCCCGCUCCGCCCACCCCGACCCCGUCCAAGAGCGCCGCCGCCGCCGUCGAUUCCGGCCUCCACCUAUCCGAUGAGUCCCUCGCCUCCAUGUCCCCGCGCGAGCAGACGACGCUACUCUCGCGGCAGCGCCACUGGCGCCGCGCCUGCCACCUGUUCGACCGCCUGCGCGCGCUCCCGGGGUACGCGCCCAGCCCCAUCCACUACGGCGUCGUCCUCCGCCACCUCGCCCGCGCGCGCCGGUGGGGCGAGCUCCGCGCCGUGUGGGCGAGGAUGGACCGCGAGGACGCGCUCCCGCCCACCAACCCCGCCUACGCCGCGCUCGCCGACGCGCUCGCCAAGGCCGGCCAGGCGCGGGAGUCCCUCCUGCUGCUCCGCCACAUGCGCACCCGAGGUGUGGCUCCUGACGAGGUGUCCAUGAGCACCUUCGUCCGCAUCCUCAACGGCGACGGCCGCUACUCCGAUGCGGUCGCCCUCUUCAAUAACUGGUGCAACGGCAGGUUCGAGGUUGGCUUCAUUGAUCUCGAUUACAGCGCGCUCGAUGCAGGUGGCCCGAUGCAAUUCUUGCUUGCUGACAUGUGCCAUGACAACAUCGAUGAUGCUGGUGCAUCUGGCAUUCAGGGAGUUCCUACAGUUCCAAAGCUUGCUGUCACAUAUAACACAAUGAUUGAUCUUUACGGGAAGGCCGGGAGGCUUAAGGAUGCGAUGGACAUGUUUAUGGGUAUGCCGGAUUAUGGGGUUACGCCGGAUACAUGUACUUUCAAUACAAUGAUCAACAUAUUUGGGUUGCAUGGUAAUGUUAAGGAGGCAGAGGCACUGUUUGCUAGCAUGGUAGUUAGGGGAACUGAUCCAGACAUUAAGACGUUUAAUGUGAUGAUGACAGUGUUUGCAUCCAAGGGGGAUGUCGAGGGAGUUUUGAAGCACUACUGUCAUAUUGGGAAAAUGGGGUUAUCGCCGGAUGCUGUGAGCUAUAGGAUUGUUCUGCGGCUGCUGUGUGAGAGAAAGAUGGUACAUGAAGCAGAAGGUGUGAUUGAGGGGAUAAUUAGGUCUGGAGAUUGUGUUCCUGAACAGUCCCUGCCUGCUGUCAUGAAGAUGUAUAUUGAUCGGGGGUUGCUUGAUAAGGCAAAUGCAUUCUUCAAUAGACAUUGCAGAGGCGAGGAGGUCUCUUCCAAGGCAUUUGCUGCCAUCAUGGAUGCUUUUGCAGAGAGGGGUCUCUGGGAGGAAGCUGAGUAUGUUUUCUACUCUGAUAGAGGAGUUAGGAGGAGGGACAUAGUUGAAUACAAUGUGAUGGUCAAGGCUUAUGGUGCAGCAAAACGGUAUGAUAGAGUUCGUCCUCUACUUGAGUACAUGAAUGAGUCUGGUGUUUCACCAGAUGAGUGCACCUUUAAUUCUUUAAUUCAGAUGUUUGCUACUGGUGGAUUUCCACAGAGGGCUAAGAAAGUGUUAGAUAAAAUGAAAGAUGCAGGGUUUAAACCAAAGUGCGAAACAUACGCUGCUGUUAUUACAAUGUACUCCCGUAGUUAUUUGGUAUCUGAAGCCAUUGAUCUGUACAAUGAAAUGAAGGCCUCAGGCAUUGAGCCAAAUGUGGUUGUUUAUGGUGUGCUGAUUGAUACGUUUGCUGAGACAGGGCAAAUAGAUGAGGCAUUACAUUAUAGCAACUUAAUGGAAGAAUCUGGAAUCACUCCUAACCAAAUUAUUUUAACUUCACUUAUCAAGGCCUACAGUAAAGCCAAUUGCUGGAAGGAAGCACAGGAUUUGUAUUCAAGGAUGAAGAACAUGGAUAGUGGUCCUGAUAUUGUUGCUUCUAAUUCCAUGCUAAAUCUUUAUGCAAAUCUUGGGAUGGUCACUAAGGUUAAGGAAAUAUUUGAUUGUUUGAAGAGAAAUAAUCAGGCUGAUGAUGUUUCAUAUACUAGCAUGAUAUUCCUCUACAAGAACAUGGGCUUGCUUAAUGAGUCAGUUAGGAUUGCUCAUGACUUGCAGAAUUCAGGCUUACUAUCUGACUGUGCUUCAUACAAUGCUGUUCUGGCAUGUUUUGUGGCCAAGGGAAAGCUAAGAGAAUGUGCAGAAUUGGUUCAACAAAUGCAGGAAGGAAACAUUUUGCCAGAUGCCUCAACGUUUGGACUGAUACUUUCUAUAAUGAAGAAAAGUCAGAUUUCACCUGAGGAAAUUUCACAGUUAGAAUCAUCAUAUAGUGACAACAGGAGCUCGACCAGUCAAGCUAUAGUCGCAUUCUUGUAUUUGACAGCUGGCAUGCAUGCUGCUGCAUUAAAUGUUUGUGAGAAAUAUAUGAACCCUGUAUUGACAGUUGACCAGUGCGCGUGCAAUGUUGCCUUCAAAGUCUAUGCAUCCUGUGGGGAGGUGGAUAAAGCUUUCAGUUUAUUCACACAGAUGCAUGAGCUAGGACUCAAACCAGACACAGCUACUUACAUCCAUUUGGCAACUUGCUAUGGGAUACAUGGAAAUGGAAUGUCGGAAAGCCUGAGUAGUGUAAAUGGCUUUCUUGGAUACCAAAACAAUGAGGUUAGCCUACAUAAAACAUUGGCUUCCUGCCGUGAAACUGGAAGCAAUAUUCUUGCUGUUCAGCCAGUUAAGAAAUGAGAUGUUGAUAUUGUUCACUGAAUCACCUGAUGAGACAAGGUGAAGUUGACUUUAUUUUGGGCUCUGAAACUGAAUCCUACUGAUGAUUGGAGACAAUUAAUUGAAGAUAUCUAAUGCAAGGUGGAUUGGAAAUAUUAUGUUGCUUUUCAUCAAAUAUAUGUGGGAGGAUUGGAAACUGCAUUCUCUGUAUCUUUACAAGGUCAUCUCCCUGCGAUCUUUUGUGAAUUUCCUGCAGGGUUUGGCAACCCCAUGGCUACAUGCAAAAUGCGAAGUGUCGACAGCUGCCUCAUGGAAACUAUCAGCCAAGAACAUCAAAAUAUGAUUCGACUAGUACAACUUCUCAGAAGGCGACAAAACAUAUAUGCAGAUUUUGGUAUUCCUGGACCUUGGGUGAGCAUGACUUUGUUGGUGUAGACAUUUGGAGUUCAGUGCUCACCCACAUCUCUAAGCUUGUAAAGCUUAAUUCAAACAGAAGAAAUUGGAUUGCAGAUAUUGCUCGAGUGACUGACCUUGUAAGCUAUUGCACUCCUUAUUCCUUACAAUGUUACAGAAUAUAUGGACCUUCAUUGACCCGAGCUAGGAAAACCCUCAGCACUGUGAUCUGAUGGUUUGGUGCCAAUCAACAUGUUAACCUUCUCUGGUCAAGCAUGGUAGUUGCAUUGGAUAUUUCGACCGAAUAUGCUCUAAAAUGACCUGGUACAUAUGAUUUCAUCUUGAAGAUCAAGCUUUCACUUAAGUUGGCAAGGCAUUGCUUUGUGUUCCGCUUCUCCUGAGGCCAAGUGAUGCUUCUUCUUCAACCUUGGCAUAAGAUGCAUUCGGUCUCGUCAGAUAGUCCUGUCGAUUUGCCUCUACAAGAGAGAAUGCAGAGCGCUCUGUUGGCUUGCAUGCUUCUUUUCUACGAGAUUAGGUGUGAGAGACUGACAAAGUGACAAGUAGGGCUUCACUCCAGAUCAGAAAGUUUUGGAAGAGGUGAUAUUGCAAUUAGCAGCUGGCUUUGAUAUUUCUAGAAUAGUUGACAAGUUUACUUUGGUGAAUAUUGUUGGUGGAUUACAGAUGCUGUUACACAUGAUUAACUGUAAAUCAUAGCAAUAAUCUGUGGCGGUUCUUACAGCUUUCACAAGAAAGAGCUAUACAUGAAAACAUUUCAGUUCCAUAUGGUAUACAUGAAUUUGAGAGGACAGGAAUGAAGGAUCAAUCUCCUACAACAAAAGGGAACAUAAAUGUUGCUAAUAAAUCAUGAAAUGGAGACAUCUCCCGAAAUCGCCGUUAAAUAAAAUUGUUCUCUUUCUGUUUUAUUCAGGUACUUUUCCUGAGAAGAGAUGCAAAGAAUAAUAUGAAUUGGGGUAAAAAGGGCAUGUAUACAGACCGGUAAUGACUAUCAUAUUUGUUUUCAUUGUUUUAUGGCAUGGAUAUA